GAUGUGAUGAUUUGCAAAACUACAUAUACAGUUUUUACACAUUUUGUGUACAUUCAAUACUAACAUCCAAGUUGUAUCGUAUUACCAUGUUAAUUUCGACAGUUUUUGUAAGUAAUUGUACCUUUAGCAUAAGUUUAUAGUCACGUACGUUGAUAGCGACCAUGUAGAAAAUUUAUAUGUAAAAUGUUACUUCUUAUUGAGACUACUAGAGGGCGCUGUAGCAUUUGCCAUAUAAAAUUGUCAAAGACUGCACCGAUCGCUAGCGUCAACUGUCAUAUUAAGAUCAUGGUAGAGGUACUGAAAACAACAGUUAACUGGUUUUAUUUGCAAGAAACAAUGCUUUUGUGCAUGGUAAUAAUUGUCGUUUAUUGUUCAAACGGGACUGACAUAACGAUAAUGCCAGCGGAAUUUAAAACAGAUGAACCGAAAAUUGCAAGUGACAAUUUUCUAGCUAAAAUAAAUCAAGUAUACGUUAAAGCAAACAAAAGUAUUAUCCUUAAGCGUCGAACGGUUUUAAUAGUGGGAAUCGAAGAGCCUACAUCAUCUUUGAGAGCUAAACCAAUGAAAAAAAAGGAGAAACACACCAUCAACUCCCUUUUGUAUCAAGAAUAUAAUGACAAGAAUGAGCUGCUUAAUAGCUUUUUGAUGCGCAAUUUGAAAGACGUGUCAAUAUUCUUCAAAGAAUUUCUUGAGACAGAUAUAUGUUAUGGUGAAUGUGAAGCCUCAGAUGACGUUGUAACUGCAAGACACGCAGGUUAACCAAGAGCCUUAAAUUUUGUUAUA